CGGCGCUCCCUCACUGAAGGGGCCGGGGGCUCCUCCGUCCCCCAGCGCCUCAGCGGCACCGGAGGCGGCCGCCGGCUGAACCGGGGCCGAGGGGCUCAGGGGCGUCUUCCUGCCUCUCUCCGACCCCGCGGCGCCCCCUCGCCGCUUGGAGCAGGGCGGCGGUGCCCCCUCCCCGGGUAGGGCCUGUGGGCCGCGCCCCGCCGCCGCCGCCACCCCUCCCCCCGGCCGACCGGCCGGCCUCCCUCCCCGGGCCGCACCCGCCUCCCCUCCCUGCACAGCGUCGCCCAGCCGAGCCGGGAGAAGGGGAAUGGGCGGUCCCGGCCCUUAGCCCCCGGCUGCGGUGGCUGCUCCUCCUCCCGGGUCCCAGCGUCUCGGUGGCCUCCGCCCGAUGCUGGCGGAGCUGGCUGGGGUCUCCGCGGCGUUGUGAAGGUCUCCCGCCGUCCCGCAGCCGCCAUGUCCGGCGUGGUGCGCACCCUGAGCCGCUGCCUGCUGCCGGCCGAGGCCACCGGGCGCGGCGGGGAGCAGUCGCGGCGGGAGGGCAAGGAGCGGAGCCGCGAUGCGGAGCGGGAGGCGCGGCGGCGGAGCCGGGAGAUCGACGCGAUGCUGGCCCGGGAGAGACGGGCCGUACGGCGCCUGGUGAAGAUCCUGCUGCUGGGCGCCGGCGAGAGCGGCAAGUCCACCUUCCUCAAGCAGAUGCGGAUCAUCCACGGCCGGGAGUUCGACCAGAAGGCGCUGCUGGAGUUCCGGGCCACCAUCUACGAGAACAUCCUCAAGGGCUGCAGGGUUCUGGUCGAUGCACGGGACAAACUGGGAAUCCCUUGGCAGUACACAGAGAAUGAGAAGCAUGGAAUGUUUUUGAUGGCUUUUGAAAACAAAGCUGGAAUGCCCAUCGAGCCUGCCACCUUCCAGCUCUACGUACCCGCACUGGGUGCGCUCUGGAGGGAUUCGGGAAUCAAGGAAGCCUUCAGCCGUCGGAGCGAGUAUCAGCUGGGUGAAUCGGUGAAAUAUUUCCUGGAUAAUCUGGAUCGGAUCGGUCAGCUGAAUUAUUUCCCCAGCAAACAAGAUAUUUUGCUGGCUAGAAAAGCCACCAAGGGGAUAGUAGAGCAUGAUUUCAUCAUUAAAAAAAUACCUUUCAAGAUGGUGGAUGUAGGUGGACAGAGAUCGCAGCGUCAGAAGUGGUUCCAGUGCUUUGAUGGAAUAACUUCAAUUUUGUUUAUGGUCUCCUCCAGUGAAUAUGAUCAGGUUCUCAUGGAAGACAGGCGCACAAAUAGACUUGUGGAGUCCAUGAAUAUCUUUGAGACAAUAGUCAAUAACAAGCUUUUCUUUAAUGUUUCUAUUAUCCUAUUCCUCAACAAGAUGGAUCUCCUUGUAGAGAAGGUAAAGACUGUCAGCAUUAAGAAGUAUUUCUCGGACUUCAAAGGCGACCCUCACAGGCUAGAAGAUGUUCAACGUUAUCUGGUGCAGUGCUUUGACAGAAAGAGGAGAAACCGUAGUAAGCCACUCUUCCAUCACUUCACCACUGCCAUAGACACUGAAAACAUCCGCUUUGUGUUUCAUGCCGUGAAGGACACAAUCCUUCAAGAGAAUCUGAAGGACAUUAUGUUGCAGUGAAGGAGAGCAGCCCAUGUUCUGUUAAAAUUUGCCGGAGGGUUAGAUCAAAGUUUUUAUCCUUUCUUUAUGGCCCUUGCAUGUGGUGUAGGACCCAUGCUAAUUACUUGGCUCAGGAAUGCUGUAAACUAGCCAGUCCAAACAGAGGAGCUAUAGGCUGAAGGAGUCAAAUGUUGAUCUUAGCUACUGAAUCAUUUGGACUAGAAACACUACUGAAACCUGGCCGUUGUAGGUUCUGUACCUAGUUGGGAAUGCUGAAUAACACAAUCACCUUCUGCCUUCUUAGAAAAAAGAAAUCUCUGACAAACCAUGUAUGGAAGAUGCAUUGUUUUAAAUGAAUAUGCUCAUUUUUCGAAGACACUAGUCGUACAAACUGCCUUUUUUUGUAGUUUGGAGGUGCUGAAUCAAUCAAACUAAUCUAAACGUAAUGAGAUUGGCAGCUGUAUCGGAGAAAGUUAAUGGAAGUUCUGUUCUUAAGCCUUAGGAAUAUAACCAGAUCUUGUGUGCGCAUCCAGCUUUGCCAGGGGUCUGGAAUCCACUUACCAAGGUGGAUGCACAGGUCUUGUCUGAAGGUUUUGCAUGAGUCUCCUGAGGCAAAAGUCUAAAUCUGCAGAAGGAAACCUGUGUUGGAGUAAAUUGGAUUGGAAGUUAAGGCCUUGCUGAUACGGAGAAGGGUUUAUUUUGCACUAGAUGUGAAGGGUAUUACAUCACGGGGAAACCGAUUUCCUUGGUGAAGCAGCCUGUGCUAGAGCACCCGACCAUGUGUCCGCACAGUGGGUGCUCGAGCGAGACGUACUGCAUGGAAAUCCGGCUCUGUUCUCACACCUGCAGCUGCGAAUAUUUGUGAAGGUUCAGUGUCUCGCGUGAUGGGGCUUUAUCUAUAUUCAAAAGUUUGAAAGCUGAUUAAACUUUUAAGCAAAGGUUUUGGUAGUACAGCAGCUGCUUGAUUAGUUCCCAACAGCUGACCUUAUAGGAGGGCUGAACACCCUAGAGAUCCCAGUUUUACAGCUGCACUGAUGUACUUAGGCAGCAAGACCUUGCUGUAAAAUUAGCCUUUAAUCUGUGUCUUAAUGGGAUCUUUAGCCUAUAGUUAAUGCACAUGUAAUUCUGAGUACAGUCGAGUUUGGAGUUGCCCGUUUUGGGCAAUGGUUUGUGUGUAAAAUUGCAAGAGGCUAUGAACAAUGUUGAUAUGAACUGUUAAUUUCCCAGCUCUCUGUCUAAUGAUCUGUCGGGUGCCUUUUUUGUGUACAGACGUAUCGGAUCUUUUCUACUACAGUGGGGUACAUGGACUAACUGAAGAUCUGCCUUUUAGAUCAACAUUGUAGUGCUAUCCUUUAGGUAAUUUUCAAACAUAGUUUACUGUGCAGUUUUGACCUAGUUUUUAUCUAAGAAUAAAACCUGAAGGGCUGUUUGUACCCGUAAAAAGUCAGCAGAUUCCCUGGAGUUCUUAUCCCCUUUGAGCCUGUAAUGGCAUGUCAAAACAAGCAACGCUUUACUUCAGCUGGUAAUCCUAUGGGAAAUGUGGUCAAAAAAGUCCUGUUCCGUUGUCCUUUCAUGUUAAUUUGGAUAAAAUCUGGAAUCUUUCUUCCCCUCUGAAGCUUGCAGAUGUUCAUAUCAGUAUUUUUGUGUCGUUUCCUAAUGUAGCAGUCUCUUGGCUUUCUUCGUGCGGGCUUCAGCGCGGAAAAGAUGCAGCUAUUUCAGCGCCGUGUAACGCGCACAGUAUCGAGGGAAGGAGUAACUGAAGAGUUGCAGAUGGGAAAAUCUAACUUAAAUUUGAGCAAACUUCAACAGGAAUUAACUUCCUUGUAGCAAGUCUUAUUUUUGCCAGGACCAACUCUGUCUUUUACGUAUUUAUUAGUUUUUAACCUGGAAGGGGUAAAAUAUGUUACAUGACUGUAAUAUUCAGAUGGGGGGAAACUCUUAAGAUUAUUACAUUUGAAAAGGUAAAUGUUUCAACACAGAGUGAUGCAAACAAGUUUACUCAUCAUAUAAGGUUUGUUUCUCAAAGCUAGCUCAUUUGGCUGAAGACUACAACUUUUUGCAAAGCUUUCAGAUAUUCUUGGAGCUUUUGUUAGUGGUUUCCACUUCACUCAAGACUCUGGGAAAGAGGAGGCAGUUGUGGGCUCACCUGACUUCUUGGUUGACUUGACUUUAUUUCCUAGUUUGCUGUGAGCUUUGUUCUUUCACUGAAUUUUCUAGAUGGGUUAAUAUUAUGCUUGUUUUCUCAAAUGAGUUAAACAUUCCCUUUCAACUGUAUUUUUUCUCAAGAAUUACCUCAGUUUUAUGUCUCAAUCUACUGUAGUUUUAGCUGGGAGGCAUAGUGCGGAAUUUCCUGUUCUGUUUUUCUCUUCGUGCUCAUCCAUGGUUCUGUAUCCUUGGUCACCUUAUGGAUUUAAAACUCUGAACACAGCUAAUAAUGCAACAUAUAUUUUAAGUAACUUGAUCUGUACGUGGGAAAGAAACAGCACGAGAUAUCUCAUAUUGAGCUCUCAAGCUUGCUAGUAAUUUUGUUUGUAUGAUACGGCAGUUUUGCACACAAAAUCAGAGUUUUAGGGAACCAGUUUGAUCACCUCAGACCCAUUAUCGCCUUUCUUCUGUUGAUAAAAUGGGCCUAAGUGUGAUGCUCUAGACUGGGGAGAAAAAUCAGUAGUUUGGCUCUAUGUUCUCUUGAACUUUGAUAGUGAUGGUUCACGCCAGGAACCCAAGAUCCGGAAAGUCUACUUGCAGAAGUCAAGCACUUCUCAAGUUUGCAAAGGAUCUGGCCCAUGAGGGAAAAGGAGUCUUUGGGUUUUUUUUAAAGUGGCAGGUAUAUUUAUUUUUCUGCAAAAUACACUCCACUUCUAGCCACAACUGAGGUUUGGGGUUUUUUUUUCAAGAUGGGUUGUAGCAUAAUAAACCCAGAAAAUCACGUUAUGGUAAAUCAGUUAAUUAGUAAAGCAGAGCUUAGGUAGCUUAGGUCCUACAAACAUCUUGGGACAGCCUUGGUCGGUUGCUGAGUCCUUUUACAAGAAACAAAUAAAAAACUUUAUUUUAAGUGACAUCCUGGAGAACUUUGCAGGUAAACACAGCUGGAGAGAACAUCUCUUUUUGUUAACUUUAUAGGCUUAUUGUUCGCUUGGCUGGUCAGGAAAUGGGUCAGAGGCAGGAUGAUAAUCAGAUGGAGACCUUGAAAAACUACUUUUUUUUAUUUAAAAAAAAAAAAAAAAAAGCAGCCUUUUGCUGUCCCUCCUCUGACGCCCACAGGUCAGUGGCCAGUGAGGGGUGUUGCAGAUGGGUUGUCUCUCGUAAGGACAAAGAGAGGAAGUGCUUGCAGUGUGUGCUUGCAGGAGAGACUUACGUCAUCUUGCAGUUUAAGUAGAAAAACUAACUAAAUGGGAGUCAUUUAUCAAACACUGCUUUGUAUUUGUUGCCCUCCAGACAGGCUUUAAGCUAUGAGAGCAUGUCAGUCAGUGCCUUGCCUUCUGAUUGCAGUGCUGUCAUUCUCUGAACACUUCUUAGGUGGUAUUAUGAGCUGACGUGGUGAAUUAAAAAGGAAGAAUAGUUUUCUGUAAGUGACAUAUUUAAUAGGCGGUUGCCACUUUGAAGCAAUUAAGUAGUUCUUAAUGUUAAAAAAUGAAUUAAUAUUGAUUAUGGAAUGGAAACUACUGGCUGCUCAACUUUACACUACAACUCAAAGAUGCUUCCAGUUUUCUACAAAGAAUUGAUCUUAUUUAAUAUGAAAUCACAGAUUAUUUGUCUUGAUAAUAUAUUCAGUUUAUUAAAAUACUGCUGUGUAAAACAUAGAACUAGGCAUGUUACAAGCAUGAAGAAGCUCUUGAAGAUGACAGUUUACAGGCUUUCUGAGCCAACUAAAGCCUGAACCUCAGCCACGCAGAGUGUAGAAACUAAUGGCAAAAAAACCUGUAGUGAAAUGGAGUAGGAAGAGCUCAUCUAUAUGUGGCACUGCAGAGAAAAAUGUAAUUCCACUAGGAUAGCUAAAGCAGUUUUUGGUAUGAAAAACGGUGCAUUUGAAAAAUGUGUCCCAUUCUGUUGUGCGUUGUGUCCCCAUUCUCCCCCUGGGUAUUCACCAGUCCUGGUUACUGUAAUCUGCAAAGAAUUGUAGCAUUAAUGAAACUAACAGAAUAGACAUGGAACCACUGAAGAAACUUAGCAGCUUUCUUUAGCGACAGACAACUCCCUUCCACAGAAUAUCAUGUUAGAAAACAAGCCCUUUGCUGCCUUUAGACAAAUGUCUGUGGAUAUUAACUUCAUGUUUUGGAGUUUCUUCAAUGUAUGUACCUCUCUAGCUCUCCUGGAGAGAGGGGGGGGGGGGGGAAACCAAACCAAAACCCAACAUUCUGCUGCAUGGAACUACAGGAUUUCUGUAGAAGACCCCUCUGACUUUCAGGUCGUGAGUUUUGACACCUGCCUUAGCUUUGCUUGUGUCAUCAAAUUUUCUGGAGUACUUGUCAGGUUGAUACAGUUUGAUGUAUGCCAGCUUGAGACACAAUCACGGUAUGCAAUAACACCUUCGUACAGUGCAGCUUGGCAGGUAAGCCAAGCACUCGUCCCUCAUGAUGGAAAACUGCAUUGAUUCCUGCAAGUUUAGUAGCAGCCUCUUUUCGAUACCAUUUUUCUAGUAUAAAAUCCCAUGGUGUAGUCAGGGUUUUUAAUCUAGCACUGCCAACUCUUUACCUCAUACGCUCUAUUAAUUCUGUAACACGGGAAGUGGUGGGUUGGGUGUUUCAGUAGCAACCAUAACACAUCGGUGCCUAGGUUUGUAAAUGGGUUUUUAACAGAUUUCUAGGGAGCAUCCGUUUGGGACAGGAAGACUGGCAUGGCCUGGGCCAGGCCCGGGCUGCCUCCACGCACUUCUAGAUGAGGACUGUCUAGCCUAGUGAGGAAGUAAUUGGCAAGACAAUAAAAGACCUAGUGCUUUUUAAUAUUGCCUGUUUUGUAAUUAGCUGGGGUGAUCUCUGCUUUGUGCUGUGAAGUGGGCAUUUCUUUGUUUUAACACUAACCUUCUUUUACAUAGAUGGAAAUGAGUAAAGCCAGGCUAUUUGGAGCUGAAACUGCCACUCUGCUAACAAGGUGAUGCUCUCUCUUUUGCUCAUCUCAGUGGCUGGACAGUUUAGCUUGAUUCUUAAUGUUCUUAUCUUUCUAAUGGCAUUUGGAAAGCGGUGUUGAAGUUUGUCUAUGUGUCGAUAUGCUUGUUUUCUUAUUGGGUGGGAAGUAUGGAGGUACUAGAUUGUCAGCGCUUGUGGUUCUGUGCCUGGCUUGACGAACUGUAUCACAACCGAGCUCUUGGCGUAUGUCCGAAGGUCGUAUCUUCUCUCCGAUGUGAAAAUAUUCAGUCGGAGAGAAAAAAAGAGCAGCACUGUGACUUCCAAGGUGGGCGUUCUGGUAAAAAAGCCAAAGUAUGUUGGAAGGGAGCAAGAGAGGGGAGCUAUUUUCUAAACAGAUCCCAAAAACUGAUGGUGCUUGAAGACUGGCUGUAUUGAAGUGAAAUGCCGUCUGCACUGACCCCGGCAGCUUUGAGCGACUCCAGAGAGCGGCGGGCUGGCGAGGCUGGCCCCGCUGUAGCUGCACACCCUUCCAGUGUAAAUCUCUCUUCAUCUGUUCGUAACUGAGGGCUAAAACUCAAUUCCUACUAAAACACGGUAUGCAGAUCUCUGGCCAGACAGCGCCUCUUACUCCUUUCUAACAGCUACUUACGCUUUCUUCAAGAUACCAGAGCGUGAGAGGUAUUUCAGGGGAACGGCUAGGUAAGAGGCUGUUUCCAUUAUUUGAAUAAAAACUACAACUGAUGGAGAGCAACACUUUUGGAUGAGUAGGACUGGAGAAAGAGCAUCUUACGAGGGAGGUAACAGCUUUUGAAUAGCGCUGCUUCUCUGCUAGUGCUUCCCGACAAUCUCUUGUGCUGAGCUUGUGUGCAGGUGGCUGGGCACAAAAGCUGGGAGAAGAUGGCAGGGAGAAGGGGGAUGUGGAGGAGAAAUGGCCUUUGGGUAGUUCACAAGACUUGGAAGGCGUGCUUGGUGGGCUUAGGUUUGAAAACGUGGUCAAACUCCUGUUCGCGUUGAAGCCAUUAACUGUCUUGAGGAUAAUGAGCGCUUUUCCAGUGAACAGGUUUCGUUAUCUGGAACGCGUAAUGAGCUUGAAUUGAUGAUACAUGUUAAACAGUAUUUCUGGAGACUCCACUUCACAAAAUGGCUAGUAUUUAUUGCUCUUGUGAUGAGUUGUCUUGUUUAUGGAAUCAAUAUGUAUGAAAGCAAACUGACAAAACACAAAGUUAUCUUGUGCCACAAUCAUGUAGCUAGGAAGCCAAUUAAUGUUAUCUUUUAUUCUGCAAUUUACUUGCUCUCUGGUGCCUAUGCAUUGUAACACACAUACUAUGCAAUAUCAUUCUUUUUUUAAACCAGUUCACUGCAUUGGGCAAGAAAGGCCUGAGUUUAGCCUUAAUUUUCUAACAAUUCACAGGAAAGUACUUUAAAAAAACAGUGACGAACUAAAAGAAGGUGAAAAAUGCAUAAAAUAAAAGCACAGUUCCAGACUGCUCACAUAAGUGUCUUUCUAGCACCAAAACAGCAUCCACGAUAGAAGCAGCUACUUGCUGUAAUAGUUUCAAUUUAUGAAAACUGUGUACUAGAUAAAAUUAUAUUGUGAUGUGUAAAAAGUGUAUUUUAUAGCUUUGGUGACUUAGUUUACUGUUUUGUAUAUAUGAAUUUUAUAAAUCUAUUAAAACUUGACUUGUUAUACUGUUC